AUGCACCGUAUCCCGUCGUCGAUCCGCGUGAGGCGCGGCGAGGUCGACUCGACACCCACAGGCCACUCGUCCGCUGACGCGUAUGCGGGGCCUCAGACCAGCGAUGGCGUACAGCGUCCACGCACGCGCACACCCUCGCAGCCAACACAACCUGUGGACGACUACUUUGGCUCCCGGAGCUGGCGGCGCGGUUCGGCAUCGAGUGCAGCUGCCGACGCCGGCGAGCGCAAGACCCGCACCACUCCCGCCAGUGAGCGACGUCACGAGGCGGAAGAAGACGACGACGAUCUGCUGCGCGAAGAGAUGCGUGCGGCUCGACGCGCGAUCCACGACGAGCAGGAGCGCGAGCACUCUGGUGCGCCAGCGCGACUAACCGCGUCGUCCGACUAUCCUCCCAUCCGACUGAGCGACGAGGGCGCACAGCCGCGCGUACCGUCCAGGACGUCAAGCCGCAGACCAGGCGCGGUAGAGGGUCUGGCGAUGCGCCACCACAAGAUGCGCAAGGAAGAGCGCCGCAGAAAGCGCGAGCAGGUCGCGUCGCAGUCCACCACGUCGUCGCACUCGUCCGAUCCGCGUCGCAGUGCCUCCGACGAGCCCGAGGCACCAGAGGCCUCCGAUCCACAGCAGCCACAGCAGCCGCCACACCAUCGAAACCUCUCGGACGUGCAGGAGGAACACAGUCGCAGCCAGCUCAACAUCCCGCACUCGGGACCCACUGCCACCGACACUGCAGCACCACCGGCAGAACAGGGCGGCGUGGGGCGCGCGCGGCGCAAUACGGUUGCCGACGACGGACUCAUGGCAACCUCGCGGCGGCUGUACGAUACGCUGCUCCGUCGUCGGUCCGAACGCGACGAGGCGGAGCAUGCGCUUCAUGCGAGUGCCGACGAGUACAGCCGCUACCCGCCCGAAUCGUCCGGCAGCAGCAGCAGCGACAUGCACGAGGACGAGGUGGUCGACUACCUCGACGUGGUCGAUCCCGAAGUGGCCACCGUCACCGCGCUCCAAAACGUGGGCAACUCGAUCUUCUUCCCGCCCAUCCCCAAGCUGUACAAUCGACGCCCCACCAUCAGCCUCCCCACCGCCGCGCGCGCCCCACCGCCCACUCCCUCCCCUGAAGCCGAAUCGGACACUCGCGGGGCGGGGGAUAUCGAGAUGGGUGUAGCCGGCAGCGCACGCGACGAGGGUGGGUUUAGCGGCUUGCGGCGCGUAACGUCGUUUGCGUCGCUCGUGCCGCGGCGCAAGAAGCGCGCCGCGCCCAGCACGGAGCAGGAGCGACGAAAGCAUAUCCGCGAGUGGGCCGAGAUGGACGAGGACGAGCGCAACGAGUUAGACGAGCAUGUGCAUCUGCUGCUCACCAAGAAGGCGCGGUUCAAGCGCGCCAUGCGUGGGUUUGGGCGGUACGUUCGCACGCCGCACGGGCUCAUCAUCACCGUGUAUGCGUUCAGCAUCACGUUCUGGGGCAUAGCCAUCUGUCUCUUUCUGCUCAAGUGGAUCGACGUGGGCAAUGCCGCGCGCCAGCGGUACUGGGUCGAAAUUUGCGACCAGAUCCUCUGUGCGUUGUUCGCGGCGGUCGGAUUGGGCUUCGCGCCGUUCAGGGCGGUGGAUACGUAUAGGAUGGUGCAGAUCGCGCACUACCAUCACUUGACGUGGAAGAGGAGGAGACUGUUGCAGCUGCCGAAGCUGAAGGAUAAGAACGAGCUGCCGAGGGCGGCGCCUAGGCUGGGCGUGGCACAGAUGACCAAUACCAUGCUGGUCAAGUCUGGACUGCGCAAGCCCGAGCCCGAGCAGGUGCAGCCAGCAGAUGCGGAGAGUAGCGGGGGGAGCGCAAGAGGUGGACACGACGAGAGCGACGAGUCGUGGGAGCGGCUCGAAAAUGUCCCUUCGCACCGGAGCGAGGCUGGCGAGGUGGAAAAGCUCAAGACCAAACGUCGCAACAAGCACCGCUUCCUGCACCGUCACCAGCACGAUUCCGACUCCACACAAGCUGCCGAUGAUCAAGCCGACGAUUCGCAUCCUGGCGACAAAGCCGCGCGAGCCAAGUCUGGUGGCGGGUAUGCGAACAAAGACGGCAUUUUGCCGUUGGGCCAACUCAAACGCAACCCCUCGAUCGCCUCGGAACUGCCACGCGACUUUGAAGACGUGGUGGUGCUCACACCCAAACAGCAGGCGAAUCUCGAGUAUCAGCAGCGCAAAUUCCAUGCGUCGCACACCUUCUACCGCUACCGCGAGACGGUCACCCACCGGCCCUUUGAACUCAACCUCAUGAUCGCCAUUGUGGUGCUGCUCGAUUGCCACUCGUGCCUGCAGGCCUCGCUGGGCGGAACGACGUGGGGCAUCUACUACAAGAAUAGGCCCACCAGCGUGACUGCGACGAUCAUCACGUUUUCGCUAUCGUGCAAUGCAGUGGCGGGACUCUUGAUCUGGCUGGGAGGGAAUAGGACCAAAAAGAGCGACGAGGUCCAGAGACUCUUGACCAUCGCCCUUGAAGAGGAGGCACUUCGCAAGAUCAAAAAGAGACAGAAGAGGGAGCAGGAAGCCCAACAGCAACAGCAACAGCAACAGCAGCAGGAGGAACGCCAGCAAGCAGCGGAGAGUCUCGUCGAGCAGCCUAAACUCGAAUGCAUCCAGGAACACUAG